UGGAUUAACCAUCAUGAGUUUUAAUUUAGAUGACCCAUUAGCUGAUAUUUUAAGUGAUGAUAGUAAUGAUAGUUUCUUUAACGAUGAUAAUAUACUUGGGAAGAAAAAAUCAAAUAAGAAAAAUUCAACAGCAGAUAAAAAGAAAAAACUUUUUAAUUUAAAUGACCCGGAAACGGUAAAAAAAGAAGAGAAAUUGGAUGUUGUAAGUAAAGUUAAGGAGGAGGACAUAAUUAAACCGUCGUCUAAAACAAACACCUCUAAGGUUGCUGUGUCACCUAUCUUAAAGCACUCUUUUUCGAAAGAAUCCGUUAAAAUUCAGGGUCUUGAUUCGAAAAGCAACAUUGAUACCUUCGACUCUAUUACAAAAUCACCCCUGAAAGCGAAAAGUGCUAAAAGCAUAGAGAAAUUGGAUAUUCUAGAUGAAUUACUAGAGGAGAAGAAAACAUCAGGCAAGCAGUUAGAAAAAGGAAAGAGCUCACAAUCAUUGCUCGAUGACAUUUUGGGAGGAACAUCAAAACAAGCGAACCAACACAGACCUACUACAACGGGUAAGAGUCAGGACCUUAGUUUUGAUAAGGCUGUAGCAAAAUCGGAAUCAAAGCAAACGUAUUCCAAUACUACGACAAGGAUUUUAAGCAACCCAAUAGGCAAACCGGAGCAAACGACGGUAAAGAAACCUGCUGACGAUUGGCUUGGUAUCUUUCAAAAUAAUAAUGAUGAUGUAGAUGAUGAAGAUGAUAUGCCUUCCUGGUUAACUGGUGGUACGAAAAAGAAGAAAGCUGUAAAAGAAAUAAAAUCGAACAAAGAUGAAAAUAAUGAAACCAAAGAAGAUGUUAUAGAAAAAGAAAACAUAAGGACGGAAAUUCCAGAAAAAGAAAUUGGUAGGACCAUGGAAGAAUUAAUGAAACCUAUUUCAGUUGGUAAUGUAGAUAUGAACAAUGAUGAUGUAACCAUGGAGGGUGCAGCUAUGUGCUUACAACAGCAAGAGGCACAAUUGAUGGUUGCCUUGCAAUUGAAGGCACAAGAUGAGAAGUUGGCGGCAAUGCAAAUCCGCCAAAAGGAGAGUCAACGGGUCCAAAGAGAAGCUGUGACAGCACAUCACGAGCAAGUGGACUCUAUGCUCCGUCGUCAAGCGGAGCACAGACGACAGAUGCAAGCCAUUAUUGCGACGCACCAGGACAGAAUUACGCAGAGAAUAAAGGCAUUGCUGGAUAAUAAUGAUGCGAAUGAACCCGCUGAAGAAGAUAUACUUAAGACGGAGGGUGGGUACGAAAGCCCAUUUGCAAAGGAAAAGAAGCAAUUAUUGCAAUUGGUGCAGUCUUUGCAAGAGAACCAUGAUAAGGAGAUUGACCUCAUGGAAACAUCCUAUAGACGACAACUAGAAAUAAUCGAAAUAUCAUACAACCAAUCAGAGGCAAGACUGAAAGAGGAUAGCGAGAAAGCUGCGAAAUACUACGCGGAGAAGAUUGGCUGGUUGGAGGAGCAUCAUCAGUUGUACAAGAGAAUGGCUGAAGAGAAUUUGAACUCUCUAUCAGAGAGGCAUAAGAGCGAAAAUGAUAUGUUACGGAGUCAACACCUGGACAAUAUUAGAAUACUGCAAGAACAUCACGGUGCUCUCGUGGAGAAUAUUAAAAAUGCAGUGAAGCAAGAGCAAGUCCUGUUAAAAGAUUCAGCGGGGUUCUCGAAUGAUCUUCAACAAAUGAUACUUGAUGUCAAGGAGAACAAUUCAAAAUGUGAACAACUGUGUACAAAAGUCGAUAUGCUAAGGGAACAGUCGCACCGAGAUGUGGAGCGACAGUUGGAGACAAGGGAGAAACAGAUUAAUGAUAUGAUUGAGCAGUUGAAAAAGGACAGAGAUGACUUUGAAAAGGAUAAGUCGGACAGCAAGGAAACUGUGAAAAUACUCGAAAAUAGACUUCGACAAAUGACAACGAUGAUAGAAGAAGAGACGGCAUCGCUCAAACAGAAGAAAAUGGAGUUUGAGUUCGAGAAGGCCACAUUUAGUAAGCAGACGGAAUUUGCGAAGACAGUCCUGAAAAAACAAGACGAAGAGCUGAAGAUGUUAAAAGAUGAUAUAGAAAAAGAACAUAAAAUUAAAAUGGAUAAGUUAGAAGAGGAACGCUCGAAGUUAUUGAAGGAUAGUGCGCUGGUUGCAAAGGAGAAGGCUUCAGCGCAUAGCUUGAAGAUGGAACUUGAGAAAACAAAGGCGGAGUUAGAUGCUCAGUUAGAAGAAGCCGCUGAGGCUAGAUCCAGACUGAACGCGGAAAGACAGGAGCUGCACAUUGAGGAGCAGAGGAUUGUGGCCAAGGGACGAGAUUUAGACAUGCUCGCAAAAACGUCUAUAGAAAGACAAGCUCAGGCUGAAAAGAAAUUGUCGGAGGCGGAGUUUAUUCAGCACAAAUAUGAAGACAGAAUACGAAGAAUCCAAGAGCAUGUAGUCUCCUUAAAUAAUAGAGAGAAACAGAUAGCCAAAGAGAAGGUAGCCCUGUCGAGAGAGAGACUGAGUCUGCACAACGAAAAGAAGGAAAUGGAAAAUAGACAGUGUUCUCUGUGUCGGUCGGCUUAUUAUCCAGUGCAGCCUUAUCCGGAAAAUGUCGGUGUGCAAAGAGAUUACGACAAUUUGAAUUGUAACGUGAACAAUUUAGACAUGGAAAUGUCGAUGAUGCGACCGUUUGCGAGUAGCUUUGUUGGUAGAGAUACUCAGGGCGGUGGGGGGAGUAAUGCUAUGGUUAGUGAGCCGGGCUCGUUCAAGGACUACACGGACCCCAAAUUUACAAUGCUACGUCUUGAUGUACAGAAGGUGAUCAGUAAUAUGGAGCACACAAGGAGAGAUGAUGAUGAACAAUAAUUGCUCGUCUGUAUUUAAGACACACAUUGACCUCUGUUCGUCUGAGUAUUUAAGAGAUAAUGACCACUUAGUCUAUGCUCUAUGCAUUGGAGAUAGUGACCACUAGACAUCGUAGAGACGAGAAGAGUAUACUCUUUAUAAAGGACACAAUGUUAAUUUAUAUUAAGGUGAUAAUAAUUAUACUAUAUUUCAUCUUUUUCUUGCACUCACUGCAAGUAACUUUAUUUACUAAAUAUACAAUAUUCAUUGUAUAAUACUAAUUAUUAACAUCUUUUACUCGUUAAUUGUAAUAAUAAUAACACUGGAAAACUGAUUUGCAGUGAUAUUAAAAGGGGUGGACCUCUGACCCCGAAACUAGUUAAAACUGUAUCUUCGGGGUCAGUGAUACCUCGACAAAUGAAAAUGACCAAUGAAAUAAUUAAUAAUAAAUAGAAAUUAAAUGUGUGUGUGUGUGUUUCAUACUUAGUGAGAAGGUUACAGGAGACUUUCCGUUUCUGAAUAUGAUCAUUGUAUAAGAUAA